UGUUAUCACUAGAGGUCGACCCCGUAACAUUUUGUAAAUUUUUUCGACUUUGCCGCAUUCGAAUCGAUCUAUUUGUCUAAAUUUUAAACACCAAAGCAACGCGUCUAGACCGCCCGCUGCCGACUGAAAUUCAAGCGCUAACACAGAGAUAGAACGGAGAUAGGACAAUGCUGCGCUCCCUUGCAACGACACGAAACGAAUUGGGGGCCCUGCGAGCGGUGCUCCUCCGACGACCAGCCACUGCCUGCCUCCGACGCGGCGAUGGACAGGUUGGAGUGCGUGCCCUCAGCACCCGCCUGCUGACCAAUGCCAGGAAACUCCAAGCUAGCAGGUCCAUAUUGAUCAACAGCCGGCCCCGGUCGGUCAACGCCUGGAGCUAUAAUUUUGCCCGCAACUAUGCCAGCCUGCCGGAACAUCUCCGUGUGCCUCUUCCUGCCCUAUCGCCCACCAUGGAGCGAGGCUCCAUUGUCAGCUGGGAGAAGAAGGAGGGCGACAAACUCAACGAAGGUGACCUUCUGUGUGAAAUUGAAACCGACAAGGCCACCAUGGGCUUCGAGACACCGGAGGAGGGCUAUUUGGCCAAGAUCCUGAUACCCGGCGGCACCAAGGAUGUGCCCAUUGGCCAGCUGCUGUGCAUCAUUGUGAACGAUCAGGCCAGCGUGGCUGCAUUCAAGGACUUCAAGGAUGAUGCACCGGCUGGCGCGCCAGCAGCUGCAGCAGCACCCCCACCACCACCGCCACCAGCAGCCGCUGCACCUGCACCAGUUGCCGCACCACCGCCAGCAGCAGCACCCGCACCCGCACCCGCAGGUACCUCCCAGACCGCUGCCGAACAACGUGGCGAUCGGGUGUAUGCCAGCCCCAUGGCCAAGAAACUAGCCGAAGCACAAAAGCUGCGCCUACAAGGCAAAGGCAGUGGCGUCCAUGGCUCAAUUAAAUCCGGUGAUCUUGCAGGCCAGCAGCCUGCUGCUGCAGCUAAAUCGGCACCACCCAAGGCAGCACCCGGUGCCCGCUACACGGACAUCCCGGUGACCACCAUGCGGGCGGUGAUUGCCAAGCGUCUGCUGGAGUCCAAGACUCAGCUGCCCCACUACUACGUAACGGCGCAGUGCCAAGUGGACAACCUGUUGAAGUUCCGCGCCAAGGUCAACAAGAAGUACGAGAAGCAGGGCGCCCGUGUCUCUGUUAAUGAUUUUAUUAUCAAGGCCACUGCCAUAGCGAGUCUCAAGGUGCCUGAGGCCAACUCAGCCUGGAUGGACUCGGUCAUACGCCAGUACGACGAUGUUGAUGUCUCUGUGGCCGUUUCCACGGAAAAGGGUCUCAUCACGCCCAUUAUCUUUGGUGCCGAUCGCAAGGGCGUUCUAGAUAUCUCCAAGGAUGUCAAGGAGCUGGCUGCCAAGGCGCGCGCCAAUAAGUUGGCGCCACAUGAGUUCCAGGGCGGCACCAUCUCAGUGUCCAACUUGGGCAUGUUCGGUGUCAACCAAUUCUGCGCCGUGAUUAAUCCCCCGCAAUCGUGCAUCUUAGCCAUUGGCACCACAACGAAACAGCUGGUUCUGGAUCCAGACAGCCUGAAAGGCUUCAAGGAAAUCAAUCUGCUGACCGUCACUUUGAGCGCCGAUCAUCGGGUGGUGGAUGGCGCUGUGGCAGCCAGAUGGUUGCAACAUUUCCGCGACUAUAUCGAGGAUCCCCAGAACAUGAUAUUGUAAAUCGGCCCCGGCACCAAUACCAACACCCACCACCCGAACUCCACCACAAGAUUCUCGUAGGGACACGCCAACGAAACCAAAAUUGGAUAAAAUGGAUUCUAUUCGAUGUUACCCCCUAUAGACGAGCGUACGCGUCCACGUAUAAAAUAUUGUAAAUUUUCGAUUGGUUUUGCCGUCUUUCCUGGCACACACACUGGCACUCAUCUGAUUCUUAGCGCUAUUUAUAUUUAAUUGUGUAACAUUCGGUGUAGUGUCUUAUCUGGGGAAACGCAAUAAUACUAUGAAUGAUAUUCGAAUUAACUCACUCUCAGAGCUGUAAAUUUCCGUUUGAUAUACAUUAUAAUACAAUACAAUACAAUAUAUAUAAUAGUUUAUGCUUUAAUCAAAAUUUGUUGAUCAUGUCCACUAUGAAAAUGGAGGCUAACUAGUUGAAUGUCCAAGGACGCGUUGAAAUAAACUCAUAACACACACACA